CCGUAGUAAACACGAAUCCCGCUGCCAAGUAAUGCAAUGACAGGAUUGUUUGUUCGUUAGUUGGUUAGUUACAUUAAUCGAAAAUUACAAGCCAGAAGACCGACAUCGACAAAAGCUGUGUUUACAAGAAUAGAAAUAUUUUAUGCAUGGUUUUGUAAUGAUAGACUGGUUGGUGAUCGAGGAAACCUUGAAUGAAAUUCCGGCAUUAAUUUCGUUCAUAGUUUCUCCAGGAUUUAAAUUGGCCCAUAUUAUACGGUACGUAAUUCAACUGCCCUCCCAGAGAUGCCGUUUGGGUAAGGCUUUUUUUGUUUUUCGCACAUAUAAAAUCAACGAAUCAGAUGUCAAACACCACGGAGUAAAGUCCUUCAGAAGCAAUCAGAGCGCACACAACUGGAGUACACGUCUGAAUUGAGUACAUGUAAAGUUUCUUCGCUCCCCGGCAUAAUACGAGAGGGUCACGUGGCACACACCACUUCGGAUCAAUAACCACAGAGGAAAAGAAUUCUGCAGCAGAAGCAGCGACCGCCUCGCGAACAGCUGACUGAAGACCGCGGAGGCUGACGAACAUAGAGGCGGCAAUCCACUGAAGGAAACCAAAGAAAGAAGUUAUGGUGACAGCAAUGUGGAAGAGAGAGCUUCACCUGAAGUCAAUUACAUUAGAACACAACAAGCCAGACGAGUUCGUAAGAUGUCAGUGGCAAUCCAGUGUGAGAGUUCAUCUAGUCUACUUAACGUACCGGUGGUUCCUCGCAAUUCUGUUUCUGGCAACGAUGAUCUUCUCCAUCUGUGAUACAGGCGGCAACACCAAGAAUUCUGGACUGCAGUACAUCAGCAAGUGGCCAAUAUAUCUCACAAACUGGGGGUAUACUGUGUGUACAAUGCAGGCCAUACUCGGGGCAUGGCUCCUCACCCGGAGGCUGAUCGCAGAGCGGAAGCCAGGUUUCGGAACAAAUGACUAUGAGAUAUCCUUCAGUUAUAAAGUUUACUGGGCUCUGAACACAACAGGCAUUGUCAUGGCUUUCGGUAUCACGGUUGCAUACUGGCUCACAGUAUAUGAUCCAGCCAUUCACAAACUGGAUGCCCUGAAUCUCAUGGUCCAUGCAUUUAACUCUGUGUUCAUGGUAACAGAUUUUUUCCUUGUGGCCCAUCCAUUCAGGCUGUUACACUGUUACUGGCCGUUCCUCAUUACAGUGUGUUACGUGGUGUUUAGUUACAUUUACUAUGAAUUAGGAGGAUCUGACAGGCACGAUCGACCAUUCGUCUAUCCUCUUUUGGACUGGCGCCUGCCAAAACGAACAGCAGUAUCUUCAGUGUUUGGACUAGUGUUUGUUCUCACAGUCCAUUGUGCAACAUGGUUCCUUUUUCUGAUUCGCAAAUGGAUUGCUCUCUUGAUAAGAAAGAGAACUGCUCUCCCCACAUAUGAAGAAAAUAAUCACAUAUCUUCAAAAUUGCAGCCACCGCUACAAAUGGAUGACAUCAUUUGUUGAUUAAAUCAGCUUCCUUAGGCAUCAAGCAAUAUUUAAUUUGCAGACUCAACACCACUGUAUUAAAUGUUAAAUACACAUAUGGUCCUAUCCUGAAGUUCAGAGUUUGGACCUCAAAGGGCUAAUUGUACAUUAAAAUUACGUCUACAAAGGGCCAUAUUUUGAACGUGUCGCACACUUAACUCUGCCUGAAAGUAUACGAUAAAAAUUAUUCCCUAUUCCUGGCAAAACUUUAGUUGGAAAGAAAUUCCACAAAGACAUUCCACAAAUUUUCAAUCACAGAAACAAAUUAACUUAAUUUUUGAUUGAUUAAUGUUAUCAUUGCUUUCUUUCUUUAUUCCAACAAAAUAAUUUCAUAUCCAUAUUAAAUGAGCAUUUAUAUUUAAAUGAUAAAGGAGGUAGUUAAGCCACUCAUAUCAUAUGAGUAAUAAAAGUAUUAAAGACGUCUUUCAACUGAAUUUGAUGGUUGAAAAUGCUAAUCAUUUUCAGUUAUUUAAAUAAUAAGUUUCUCAUUUUGCAUAAAAUGCUCAUAUUCUAUUUUUAUAGUACUUUAAUGAGUAUACUGUAUUAUAAAUUAAAGUAUGAUAGUUCCUUGUGUAAACUGCCAUGGGGCUUUGGAAUGUUCCCUGGCAAGAAGUAUAAACUUAAAUAUUUGUUGAAACUUGUGUUCAUCAAGACUUAAAAUUUAGAAGUAGCUCCCAAGUAUGAAUCACAUUUGUCAAAGCCUGGAAUAAAUUAUGAAUCAGAAUGUACCACAUAAACUGCAGCAGUUAAAAGAAGUGGUUUUUUUAAGUUCCCUAAACACAUCAUAUCACUUUACUAAGUUAAAUGCAUCUGUAAGCCAUAAAUUUAAUGUAUCUUGCUACGUUUAACACAGCAAAGCGUUAAACCAAUCUUCUUCUAGAUUCCAAAUAUACAGCGACUACAGGGUUGCCUGUACUGGCCGUCACUGUAAAUUAUCUUGGUGUUUAUUCUAGUUUACAAUAUUUAAUUUGUCAUGUUUAAGUUAAGAAUUUUUUUUAAAAGUUUCAAAUUAUACCAGGGCAUUAUCUUUCAGAUUAUCGGAACCAAAGAAUCAUCACAUGUAUUUCAGUUUCAUAAUGAAGCAUUCCAGUUUUUGUCUUUUAGUGUUGUAUUUUUUCUAUUAUAGAACAUCAACAUAAGAAAGUUCUAAAAGCUCAAAAUGUUUGAACUCGCUGUCCACGUGUUUCAACGCAAGUAUCAUGUUCAGGCCGAUCUCUGUCUUAACUAGUACAUCAAACGUGCCAACACUUACAUCUUAAAACUUAAGUCAGAUGGACCUAUUUAUAUUAAUUUAAAUGCCACAUAAUCCAGGAUCUAUAGAAUCUGUGCAUGCUGUGCCAUCAUAGCUUUAUUCAUCUGUUCUACAGACAGUCUGCGUGUACGACUUUAAUUUUACUGUAACAAUUGUCAGCUAGACAAUAACACCAUUUUGCCAUUCCACUGCUACUUUUGUGAUCCAUUUUCAAACUUUUCUAUUAUUAUUAUUAUCAUCAGCACCACCGCAAUCAUCAUCAUUGUUGCUGUCACAAUCACCAUUAAUAUCCUUAUAUUGCAACAGCGUAAAAUCUCGUCAAACUUAUAACUUAUAGAAGACAAAUUACAACUGGUAAUUUGAUAUAAUUUUAGUUAAAUUCUACCACUGAUUUAAAUUUAUAUUAAAUAUAAUACUUUGUUACUUUAAAUAAUACAGUUUUUAGGUUAUUCUGUUAUAUAUAUAUAUUUAUCUUACAAAAAUGUCAACAUUUAUGGAUUUUUGUAUGAAAGAUGCUACUGGCUUUCAUAAUAUACUGCUGGAUUAGAAGUAAAAGAAAUUUGGAAUAAAGAUCAUGCCCGGGUUACUGAUUUUUCCCGUACUAUUUUUAUUACAAGGCAAAUGCAAAUGCUCAAAUGUUUCUGUAAUCAACUUGUGAACAUAAUAAAACUAGUUCAACAUAAGUGCCAUAGUCCCAUUACAUUAAAGUAAUAUUUUUAUAUCUUCUAGUGUACCUGCUUUAGCCUUGAUCACAGUUCAACUUUCUUUUCAAUUUAGCCACAUAUUUUGUUUCUUCAAGGAUGUUGUAAGCGUAGGAGCAGUAUCCUACAUACUUUUUUCCCUUAAAUGUAAAACAUUUCCCCACAUACUUGUAUUUCUUUGUACCAAAGCUGAAAAACCAAAAAUUGUAUGUAAGGUACUACGAAGGUAAUUUUAUGUUUUUAAGGUUAAUGUUAAAACCAUGGCAUGAAUGUAUGUGACAUGUGAACUGUAUGUAUUUCCUGAAUGUAGGAUGUGUUGUAAUAGAACAAUAAAGUUGUGUGUUCUUUUUUGUGUCAC